AUGUCGUAUGCAGCUCAUCUCGGCUUCCAGGCAACUCCUGGAGCUUUGUCACAGUCACAGGUACCAUCUAGUCCAUCCACUCCAACACCAGGCAGAGGUUGCUGUGAGAACGGGAGACCAGUCCUGAGACCCCACACAGGACAGUCCGUGUGUUCGUGCCAGUACAGCUCGGCCUUGCUGGGGUACUCUCGCCUACCCGGCCUGACGUCGGCAUUGUUUCCUCCGGGGGCGUAUUCUCCUGGGGCAGCUUCGCAAGGCUACACCGUCUCGCUGGGGUCGGAGGGCUCAGCCUUCUACACACCAUUGGCUGCAAGCGGAGCGAAUUUGAGAGACAGCACGGAGGCGUGGCGAUCUUUGACACAACCCUCCCUCUAUGACACAACGGCCAUGGGCUUUUAUCCAUAUGGAAGUUAUGGUGGCCUGGACCUCAACGCUCGUCGCAAGAACGCUACCCGCGAGAGCACCAACACCCUGAAAGCCUGGCUGCACGAGCACAUCAAGAACCCGUACCCGACGAAAGGCGAGAAGAUCAUGCUGGCCAUCAUCACCAAGAUGACCCUGACCCAGGUGUCCACGUGGUUCGCCAACGCCCGGCGCCGCCUGAAGAAGGAGAACAAGAUGACCUGGUCACCCAGGAACCGCAGCGAGAGCGGAGAAGACGAUGAUGACGAUGAAGAUAAGGCCGGCGAUGGUGACAUCGAUGACAACGACAAGAGACUAAAUCAAAGAAACUCGAGAGAGGAAGAAAUUGAUGUGGAAAACACUCACACAACUUUGGACCACCACAGUGAUGGAGGUUCUCGGAAGCCUGGUUCAAAACCCGCUCUGAACCACUCGGUGGAGACUGACUGCAUCUCCCCAGCUCCCAGCAUCGGUGAAGACUCCAGAAGCCGACUAUCUCCCCCUCAGUCACGUGACUCGUACUCCGGUUACAACUUGGAGGGUCACACACCCAGCGACUUUGACGGCGAUCAGCAGAAGCCCAAAAUAUGGUCUGUCAGUGACUUCCUCUUGCCUGGCAAGAUCAACAAAGUCAGCAGCAACAGCAUCAACAGUCAUCCCAACCCCAACAACACCCUCACCACAACCACCAGCACGACCCCUAUCAGCAAUACCAUCAGUAGCAGCAGCACAGACUACAACAACAGCAGCAGCAACAAGACCAGGAGUGAUCCCAGCAGCUGCAGGGAGUCUGGCAUGAAGAUGGACACCAUGCGCUGUGUCCCCAUCUCGCCCAGCUGUCCCGACUCCGCCAUGGAUCUCACCGGAAAGACAGUCGCCGUCGCUGCAGCAGCAGCCUCCGUAGCAGCUGCAGCAGCCGCCGCCCACGCGCACGCCCACGCGCAUGCGCACGUCUCGGCCCUGUCUGCGCGCGGCGCAGCCGGCGGCUUUUUCCCGCCGAUGACGUCACUUCCGGCGCCGCAGCACCUGGGCUCGUACCAGUCGGCGCUGGCCAACUACGCCGUCCACACUACCCACUCGCCCUUCGCUCUCGCCUCCGCGGCGGAAAUGAGCAAGCUGGUCAUGCGCCCUAUGGCCACCAGGCUCAGCCCCUACAGCAGUCCCAAACAGGCUCAGGGGUUCGAGUCGCAUUUUCCUCCCCCGCGUGACUUCAGCGUCGUGCGAGAAGGGGACUGAACUCACGGUGCUCGUGCAUAUUGGUGAAUGACAAUGAGGCAAUGUCAGUGCUUUGUUAGAAGGAGGAAGACAGGAAGGCUGACAAAACUGAUAACUGUAGAUGAUCGUCAGUCAAGUCAGAAACUCUCUCAGGCGUUACCUCACAGGAUAGACUUUUGAAACGCUUUAAUCUUUUGCCUAACCUUGCAAAAGAGUUGGAGAGAAUUAGUGAAGAAUGUGUGUGUGUGUUCUUGCUUGGAGAUAGAGAGUGUGAGAGAGAUGAGAGUGAGAGAGAUUGAAAGAUCUGACGCUUUCUUUAUAAGAAUCAAAUGAUACAUAGAAGGCGAUACAACAGUCAAAGGAACAGAAGUUUGAGACCUGAAGUCUGGACAAUCAGUCUCACUGUGCUUCAGACAGAAAUGGCUGCAAGUGUUGUCUUGAUUGCAGAGUCUCUUGCUCUCCAGGUUACCCUGAAACCUUCUGAAAGCCACGCAAUCAUUUCCUUCAAACCGAAGACUGUUGUUCUCUGGACCGCCAAUGAGCACUUCAUUAACUGAAAAGACAGAGAAACAGAGACAAAAUGAAAAACAGACCUACCUUCUAGAAAAGUGUUUGACGGAGGAAAAAAAGAUGGUCAGACUACUAAAUCUGUUUGAACGGGUUCAUCAGAUAAUCAUCGCCACCCUUCCACCGCCACAAAAAAAAAAUAAAUAAAUAAGUAAAUAAACAAAUCCCAUUUUUCAUCGCAGAGAUACCACAAACUGAGAAUAUUCAUCCGCUCAUUGCAUAUUAUCGCAUGCUAAUACUGUUUUCAACAUGUUUCGAUGUCACGCGUACAUAAUUUAUUGUCUCAUUCAUCAACACUGUGGGUGUUAAAGGCAGGAUGUCAGCUGACUGCGACAUUUCCUACCCUGGGAAACUAAUCGUUUGAUCUCAAAAGCUGCUUUUGCCUGCUUUGUGUUUCCUUGUUUUAGUCCCACUUUCUGAGUAGAGUCCCUUUGUCAUUAAACAUGGACGACACGCUGGAAGUCGCUGAUGUUGAUAAUGAUGUGUAAGAGAUGAUUAGUGUAUUUGAUUGAGGUGCUCGUGUUUUGCAAAUGUGUAUGCAUGUACAUGGAUGUCAAUGGGUGUGUGCUUGCGUGCGGGUAUGUAAGUCUGUGUGCGUGUAUCCGUGUGUGUCUGCGCGUGCGCACGUGUGUUUGUGUGUACAUGCACGUCACAUAUAUAGUUACUCGCAGACUUCCAGCAGAGGCUAUAAAUUCAUUAAAGAAAGUGUAAUCAAUAGAAAACAACAA